CCCGCAGCUCUUCGCAAGGACACCGCGGAGGGGGCACGUCCGUGCUCCCACUUCCUCCCGACGCAGCCUGUGAUUGGCUCGCAGCCUUAAGAGGAACACGUGAAGCAGCAGCUGAGGCUGGCAGAAACUUGCCGGCGGUCUCCGGGUAGCAUCGCACCGUACAGUGGUCAGCUCCGGACAUCCCGGCUUGAGGACAAUGAGGUCAUCGUGCGUCCUACUGGCCGCGCUGCUGGCGCUGGCCGCCUACUACGUGUACAUCCCAUUGCCCGGAGCGGUGUCCGACCCCUGGAAACUGAUGCUGCUGGACGCCACUUUCCGCGGCGCGCAGCAAGUGAGUAACCUGGUACAUUCCCUGGGGCUGAGCCACCACCUGAUCGCACUGAACUUCAUCAUCAUCUCUUUUGGGAAGAAAAGCGCAAGGUCUUCUCCGAAAGUGCAGGUGACCGACACGGACUUUGACGGGGUGGAAGUCCGAGUGUUUGAGGGGUCUCCGAAACCUGAUGAGCAGCUGCGUCGCAGUGUGAUCUAUAUCCACGGAGGAGGCUGGGCCUUGGCAAGCGCAAAAAUCAGCUACUAUGACCAGCUGUGCACAGCCAUGGCCGAGGAGCUGAACGCCGUCAUCGUGUCCAUUGAGUACAGGCUGGUUCCACAGGUCUUCUUUCCUGAGCAAAUUUACGAUGUCGUCCGUGCCACAAGAUACUUCCUGCGGCCAGAAGUCUUAGACAAGUACAAGGUGGACCCUGCCCGAGUUGCUGUUUCAGGAGACAGUGCUGGUGGGAAUCUGGCUGCUGCCCUUGGACAACAGUUUACUUAUGUUGACAGCCUAAAAAAUAAGCUCAAACUGCAGGCGUUAAUCUACCCGGUCCUCCAGGCUUUGGAUUUCAACACGCCUUCCUACCAGCAGAACAAGAACACUCCAAUCCUGCCGCGCCACGUCAUGGUGAAGUACUGGGUGGACUACUUCAAAGGCAACUACAACUUCGUGCAGGCGAUGAUUGUGAACAACCACACGUCCCUGGAUGUGGAAAAGGCUACGGCCCUGAGGGCCCGUCUCGACUGGACAUCCCUGUUGCCCCCGUCCAUCAGAAAGAACUACAAGCCUGUGGUGCAGACCACAGGUGAUGCCAGGAUCACCCAGGAGAUCCCGCAGCUGCUGGACGCCGCUUCCUCCCCGCUCAUCGCAGACCAGGAAGUGCUUCAGCACCUGCCGAAGACCUACAUCCUCACCUGCGAGCACGACGUCUUGCGGGAUGACGGGAUCAUGUAUGCCAAGCGCCUGGAGAGUGCAGGUGUGAACGUGACCUUGGACCACUUUGAGGAUGGCUUUCAUGGUUGUAUGAUUUUCACAAGCUGGCCGACUAACUUCUCUGUGGGCAUCCGGACUAGGAAUAGUUACAUCAAGUGGCUGGAUCAAAACCUGUGACGAAGUAACCUCCUCAGAUGCACGUUGGCUCUCGACCUCCGUUCGCUUUGGCAGGAUCGGCUCCUUUCCCUUGUUUCUCAUGUGUAUUGGAACCUGUACCCUGCAGACCUUAUGAUAAUCUAUGUUGUAAAAGUGACUCCCUGCCAAGUUUAAAAACAUCUCGGCCAUUUUCUCUAUUCUUUAUUGUCGUCCACGCGGUAUGAAUGGUCACAAUUUGAGGAGCUAGAAUUAGCCCUAGGUCCUGCCUCUAUUGUGUUCUUUCCGCAAGAACUUUUCCAAGUGU